UAACUGUCACAAAUAAUUUCCAUGCAAUGGAGGUUAUGUUUCGCAAUCCUUAGCAGAUACCAUUCAAAAACACAUUAAAUGUAAAAAAUAAAAAUACAAUAACCCACCACUGCGAUGGGCUGUAAAUUUUGAAAAUAGAUUAUCAACUACCCUAUCCUUUUCUUGUUCAAAUCCUAGCAUGUCGGCGUUCCGAUUUAAAAUUUUCCUGAGAGAUAUUGCAGUACGCAGAUUUUGGAAUGCAUGGACGCGCAAUUAUCUCGUAAAUACAGUCGUGAAGAGAUUCAAACGUGACAGAGGCGUGAGGGAAGUGUUACAGUGUUUUAAGCAAGUGAUAUUGAAACCGCGUAGGACGUUAUUACUCUCUGCUACGGCUGUUUGUAAAGGACGUGGAUCGUUCAAUUGUGAUCAAGGGAUAACUGAUGAUGAGUUACAGAGCCUGCUAUCAGAGUUGGAAAAUCUACAAAAUCUGGCCAAGCUGACUAUAUAUUGCACGAGCUGUGGAAAACGACUACUCAUAGACAAGAAACAAAAUGGAGUUUCAUAUUGUGUAUGUAAGGACUCAAAGCCAGCUCAAAAUUCCUCAGACGGCUGGAUUCCGUACAUCGAGGCUAAUGACGUCAUCAUAUGGAGGAAAGAGUAUAAACCAGGUCAAGGGCUUUACGCAUACAAAGUGUACGGGCGCUACAUGGACGUGUCGGCGAGCGAUUUCGCAGCGGUGCAGCUGGACGGGGCGUACCGGCGCGCGUGGGACGGCGCGGUCGCCGCGCUGUCGGUGGUGCAGCGCGGCGCGCACGGCCUCGCCGACCAGGCGGUCCUGCACUGGGAGGUGCUGUGGCCCAGACUAUUCGCGAACCGCGACUACGUGUACGUGAGGCGGCAUAAAGAAUUCGACCUUAGUGUGAAACAGGACCAGCAGGACGCUCAGGCGGCGUUCACGAGCGUGCACGCGAAGGCGAAGCGGAAAGCGCUCGAAGGCGAUAGCGUCGACGCUGGGAAUAAGGUGAGAACAUUUAUAUGAUGCUAGCUGUCGUUC